AUGAUCAUUCUCAUUCGCCAUGCGCAAUCAGAGGGCAACAAGAACCGCGAGAUCCACCAGACUACUCCCGAUCACCGAGUGAAACUUACCUCAGAGGGUCACCGACAGGCCCACGAGGCUGGCUUGCGACUUCGUGAGCUUCUUCGUCCGGACGAUACUCUCCAUUCUUUACUUCUCCAUAUCGCCGGACGAGAGAGACUACGGAAGGGAUCCUCAAUUCGCUUACUGUACGAGGAACCUCGCCUCCGGGAACAGGACUUUGGCAACUUUCAGCCAUGCUCUGCCGAAAUGGAACGUAUGUGGAUGGAGCGGGCGGAUUAUGGGCAUUUCUUCUAUCGUAUUCCUAACGGCGAGUCUGCGGCCGAUGCAUACGACCGAGUCAGUGGGUUCAACGAGUCUCUGUGGCGCCUUUUCGGGGAGGAUGAUUUUGCGAACGUCUGCGUCCUGGUAACCCAUGGACUUAUGACGCGGGUAUUUCUCAUGAAGUGGUAUCACUGGAGCGUGGAGUAUUUUGAAGAUCUCCGCAAUAUCAACCAUUGCGAGUUCGUGAUUCUGACGCACAAUCCGGAUAACGGCAAGUAUACAUUGCAGAACAAGCUUCGGACUUGGUCCGAUCUGCGGAAAGAACGAGAUCUCGAGAGGAACAUAGAAAAGGAGUCAAAGGAGUUAAGCCCGGUUUCUUCGACACCCGCAACAGAGCAUGUCCCGAUCCGCAGAAGAUGGGGCGGUUGUCCUGAUGGGUGCAACCACGGCUUAUCAGCAGAAUCCAAGCGCUCUCUACGUAACAAGCUAGCUGAGCAGAUGCGUCCCGAUACUUCGCGAAGUAAGGCAGGCGAUAUAACUGUCCACGGCAGCAAACCAGCCACUGCUUCGCAAGCUUCGACGGCGUCAGCGACAACACCUGCAAAUCCGGAAGAUACACAAUAUUCGAACGAGCAAUCUACAAACAACAACAACAAUGAUGAUCCCAGUUCCCGAUCUCUUGAGACAAAAGAUAUAGAAAGGCCAUCCCAAACCGGCGAUUCAAGUCUAGACUCACCUGCUAACAGGGUGUCACGGCCUCCUCUGACAGCCCUUCCAAGCAAGAACCACAACAGGAACAGCGAAGACCAUUUAUUCCACAACCCCAGCUCAUCUUCUUCAAGUGCAUAUCUCCAACUAGCACUGCUGCAUCUGGGCGGUCGCGAUGGCGGCGGCUCUCUGAGCGGCGCCAACAGUCUCGCUCCCUCCGACGACGAAACCGAUGACACCACUCACCGCAGGAAUCGAAACCACGGCCACUCCAGAUUAGCCUCGGAUCGAGUCAGCCAUGAUCACGGCGAAGACGGCGACGAUGAGCUCAGUGCAGCCCCGGGAGAAGGUACCAAGCGCUCACGUCCACACCAUCACCAUACCCACCAUAACCACUACCAUGUCCACACCAAUAUUUCUCACCACCGCCAUACUUCCUCCAGUGUUUCCUUGCCCCCACCGCGCAUGGCUAAUAUUCUGGGUGAUGGUGAUGACGCCUCGACGCAUUCUGAUUCCCCUGAGUCGGGCUAUUCGGGCCCUAGUUCCAAUACUCACCCAGAAGGCGAUCAGAAUACCGACGAGCCAGGCCGUGAAGCGAGUAGCUUGUCGCUGGAAGCGCAGCGGGAAGAGGAUCAGAGUAUUCACGGGAGCGUCUACUGA